UCAAUUAGUGACAUUCUUCAAAAUAAACAUUCAAGUUAAUAACGUUAUUUUUUUCUACCUGUUAAUAAUUUUAUUGGAAAAUUUUUGAUCAUGAAUAUACCAUUUCCAAUUCUAUAUCCACGUUUGGUGGAUCCCUCUUGGUUUAACGCAGACAGCCCUUGCGAUGAGGACGCUGAGUUGACUAGUUUAGAACAAGCCCAUCAACAAUGGCUGAACUCUGUUGGACACCAGUAUAUGAAACGCACACCACUUGGUAAGAUAGAAGCAGAACCUAUGGAAGAAGAAGAUGAUUCGGAUGAAGAGGGCAAUGAUGAAUCGGAGGAUUCAGAAGAAUCUCAUGAUGAGGAUGAGGAAGAAGAGCUGCGCACCUAUUCCUCCCCACGCAACAAUAACGUCCUUGAGGCAGAUUCUUUAGAAGAACCCACCGAAGCACCAGACCUUAGCACACCCGAUCAAAGCGCCCAUUGGAAUGUACAGCAGUAGUGUGUAUUUUCCUGUCAUUCAUAAAAUUAUUUAUUUGUAUUCCCAUAUUAUGUAUGAUUGGCUGAGUGAUAAUAAAAAGUAAUUCUGA